GAGAAAUUGACUAAUUAGCAAUGCGCACUAAAACUUGACGGUUCUUUAUAGAGAGAGGAGAGAGGAGAGGGACGGAGGGGGGCUCACUUUCCCCUCUUUCUUCCAAAGAUGUUUGAAAUCGCAGUCAUUUACGCUCGACAAUUUUUACAAUAGCCUUGAGCCAUAAUUUUGCGAGUCUCUCCAGCAUCCAUCCCCCUGUACGGUCGCUCUCUGCUGGCCAAGCACGACCGUUUCUCUCCCCAACCGUGGAUUUCCUAUUACUCUCGUCACGACUCACUGCGCCCCGGGCCCAGGGAUAAUGAUGUGUUGUUUCUUGGUAGCAUAAUUUGUCACACGCACAUUUUUUCUUCUUCUUCUCUUGCAGAAAGCUCUGCCCCUCUCCCUCUCUCCCUCUUUCUCCCUCUCCUGCAUUCUCUUGCUGUUGCUAAUUCAUGGGGAUCAAAUGAUGGACGACAAAAUAAAUCGUGCAGAGUGACCGCCUGGAGUCGGGACCAGAAGGUGCCCCCCAAGGAGAAGGCGCCCCCCACCACCACCCCAAGGAGAGCGCAAACCUUGGGAAAGGAAGGACAAUCGGUUUUGGGGGAAGCGUAAGUGAGCCCUGACUUUGCAGCCGGUUGAAAGCAGGUUGGAGGCGGGCUUAAAGCCAGGUGCGCCCAGCCAGCUCGCCAUGUCCAGAUCCGGGGACAGGACCUCCACCUUCGACCCCAGCCACAGCGACAACCUGCUGCACGGCCUCAACCUGCUGUGGAGGAAGCAGCUGUUCUGCGACGUGACCCUGACGGCCCAGGGCCAGCAGUUCCACUGCCACAAGGCCGUGCUGGCCUCCUGCUCGCAGUACUUCCGAUCGCUCUUCUCCAGCCACCCGCCCCUCGGGGGAGGCGUCGGCGGCCAGGACGGCCUGGGGGUCCCCAAGGACCAGCAGCCGCCGCAGCAGCAGCCGCAGCAGCAGCAGCAGCAGCCGCAGGAGGAACCCGGGACGCCCUCCUCCUCCCCCGACGACAAGCUGCUGACCAGCCCCCGGGCCAUCAACAACCUGGUGCUGCAGGGGUGCUCGGCCAUGGGGCUGCGCCUGGUGCUCGAGUACCUCUACACGGCCAACGUGACCCUGUCCCUGGACACGGCGGAGGAGGUGCUGUCGGUCAGCAAGAUCUUGCACAUCCCGCAGGUUACCAAGCUCUGCGUGCAGUUCCUCAACGACCAGAUCUCGGUGCAGAACUACAAGCAAGUGUGCAAGAUCGCCGCGCUGCACGGCCUGGAGGAGACCAAGAAACUGGCCAACAAGUACCUGGUGGAGGACGUGCUUCUGCUCAACUUCGAGGAGAUGCGCGCCCUGCUGGACUCGCUGCCGCCCCCCGUGGAGUCGGAGCUGGCGCUCUUCCAGAUGUCCGUGCUGUGGCUGGAGCACGACCGCGACGCCCGCAUGCAGCACGCGCCCGACCUCAUGAAGCGCCUCCGCUUCGCGCUCAUCCCGGCCCCCGAGCUGGUGGAGCGCGUCCAGUCCGUGGAUUUCAUGCGCACCGACCCGGUGUGCCAGAAGCUGCUGCUGGACGCCAUGAACUACCACCUGAUGCCCUUCCGGCAGCACUGCCGGCAGAGCCUGGCCAGCAGAAUUCGCUCUAACAAGAAAAUGCUGUUAUUGGUUGGGGGAUUGCCUCCAGGGCCGGACCGGCUCCCCAGCAAUCUGGUUCAGUACUACGAUGAUGAGAAGAAGACGUGGAAAAUACUCACAAUUAUGCCGUACAACAGCGCCCACCACUGCGUUGUGGAGGUGGAGAACUUCUUGUUCGUGCUGGGUGGAGAGGACCAGUGGAACCCCAACGGAAAGCACAGUACAAAUUUUGUUAGCCGAUACGAUCCCCGAUUUAAUAGUUGGAUACAGCUCCCACCAAUGCAAGAAAGAAGAGCCAGUUUCUACGCAUGUCGGCUGGACAAACAUUUAUACGUCAUUGGCGGGAGGAACGAGGCCGGCUACCUGUCCAGCGUGGAGUGCUAUAACCUGGAGACAAACGAGUGGCGUUACGUGUCCUGCCUGCCGCAGCCACUGGCGGCCCACGCCGGAGCAGUGCACAGUGGGAAGAUAUACAUUUCGGGGGGCGUGCACAAUGGGGAAUAUGUCCCGUGGCUAUACUGCUAUGACCCUGUCAUGGACGUCUGGGCUCGGAAACAAGACAUGAACACGAAACGCGCCAUCCACACUCUGGCUGUAAUGAAUGAUCGCCUGUAUGCAAUUGGAGGAAAUCAUUUGAAAGGUUUCUCCCACCUGGACGUCAUGCUGGUGGAAUGUUACGACCCAAAAGGCGACCAGUGGAACAUCCUCCAAACGCCCAUUCUGGAGGGUCGGAGUGGCCCCGGCUGCGCGGUGCUCGACGACAGCAUCUACCUGGUGGGGGGCUACAGCUGGAGUAUGGGGGCCUACAAGUCAUCUACAAUAUGCUAUUGUCCAGAAAAAGGCACCUGGACAGAACUGGAAGGAGACGUAGCAGAACCACUGGCAGGUCCAGCCUGUGUGACGGUCAUCCUGCCCACCUGUGUGCCUUACAACAAAUAACAUCUGGAGCGGGGAGGGGCAGCCACAUCCUGGGACACGAUGGCAGCAGACAUCUCUCUCCCGCCGGGAGCGACGCAUUCUAAGGGUGCAACUGCCGAAACCCACCCUUGGUUCUGAUGAUUGACAAGUAACCAUGAAAGAAAAAGACCUGUUCUUGAACAGAUACUGUCUGUAACUCGGAUCACGCCAAACUCCCUAUGGUGACAGACUCUUCUAUUUCCAACUGGUUUUAACUUGUCCCAGCUUUACAAAAACUCCUCACAUGGAUCUUAACUUUCAAAGGAGAAUGAUAAAAUACAGAGCGGUGCCCCCAGAGAGACCUAAGAUCAGUAUUGUCCAUUGUAGUCUACCUGCAUGUGAUCUGUGUUGAGUUUUGGGGAUAUUGUGUUCAUGAAUGAUACAAAAUUUGACCCACCUAAAUACUUACACUGCAUUAUAGAAAUUGCAACUCGAUUCUAUAUCCCUAACCUGUGGCUUCUUCACAGACUCAAUAGGCAGCACAGUUAUAGAAAAUCAUGUAAGAUUAAAGAGGAACAUUUUUAUUUCUGUAUAACUUCAUUUCGUACACCUUCUGCCCCCUACAGCACCUCUUGGGAUCAGAGAAGAGAAAGGUGUUGGCUCUUGUAGCAGAUGUUUUUUGCCUUGUAGAUUCUAGGCUAGCCAGUCAUAAUUUCUAUGUCCUUAAUUUUGUAUGAGAGUUUAAAACAAAAUACACUCUUCCACUAUUCUUUCCACAGAGGCCCGUGCUUUCUCAUUUUUUGCAGUAUAUAAGUGGUGAGCCCUCCUGUUACCACUUAAAAGCUGGCACUGACAGUCAGUCCCACAGUAUUGAUGAGAUUCUAUUGGAUGACACGCCUACCCAAACAACCCGUAACGAAAACUGGAAGAUUGCUUUCAGCAAGUCAGGGGUGGAAAGAAAGUCACAUGUCAUUUCAGUGCAGUCCCACUGGCUUCUGUCCCCAGCACAGCGUGAAAGAGCUGCAGGGGCAAGUCACUGCUCCUGACAAAUACUUCUCCCCCUUCCUCGCCGUUGGCUCCAGAAAUGCUCUCUGGUCAGCUCUAGAAAAGCUCAUGACUUUCCCGACUAGUGCCCCAACUCAUCAUGUGUGUUUGUCAUCACCAGAGAUGCCUGGGCUCAGGUGCCUUCGGGAACAUGCAGAAUUUAGCAGGUCAGGAGAGCACGCAUCUCCUCGCUGUGGCCAAACAAGCAGGACUGGCAGGAACAUGAACUUGAUCUUCAAGCUCUUCAGAGCUGGAUCAACAACCAGGGUAAAUAAAAACCUAAAAUAUUUUUUUAAUCACCCAGAGAUGUUGUUGAAUCCUGCAAUUAUGUGUCAUUCAAAACAACACCGUGGGGAAGCUACAAAUUCAAAAUGCCCUGGUGAUACGCUUUCGCUGUGGGACACGUCCAGAGGGUUGGGUGUGCUGGAGCCCAGGACCGUUUCUACAGUCAAGUGCAAUCUCUGUUGUUUUUGUAUUUAUUUGUAUGUUUAGAUCCAAAGGAUCCAUUGUAAAAAUAUAUAUGUAAAUAUAUGUAUCCAGUGCAAUCAACUUUCAUGUCUUUUUCCUUGAAAGCAUAUGAUAUGUAGAAGGAAAGAAAAGCUACAGGACUUUGUGCAAAAAUCCCAGCUGACAUCACGAUGAGAGCAAGGUCUGCUUCAAAACCUUUUGUCAUCAACUGUCACCAUUUCUUCUGAAAGUCACAGUUUAUACAAGGAUGUUUGCUUUCCUUAGACUUGUUCUUCAUUUAUUUCUUAUUUCUAACCAAAAAAAAUAAGAGCAUUUAUGAGAACUAGUAGUAAAGCUUUCUGUAUUUCAGAAAGACACAAACUACUAGAAAGUGAAAAGUGAAUAAAUGAGUCACAGAGAAUGUAAAUUUUGUACAGUCUUAGGAUGUGUAAAUGAAGCUUGCUUGGAAGGGGAAAACUUUAAAUAAAAACUUUAUG